ACAUACAGCCAAGGGAUCGAAUUAGCCUGCCAAAAAGAAAGAGAGUUCGUGAAACACUCUGUAGAAUGCACGUGGAACCUAGCAGAAGCCCAGCAAAAACUUGGUAGCUUAGCGCUGCAUAAUUCAGAAUCCUGCGAUCAGGAAUUUGCUCAAGCAAAGACUGAAGCUGCAGAGUUGAGAUGGAGAGAGGAAGAGUGGAGAAGAAAAGAAGAAGCACUAAACCAGAGGGAAAGACAGAAUCUAUGGAACACAGAUCCUGUUAGUAAGGAGGUUUUUAAUAAGAGUUUUAUUAAUCAAAAAAGAAAAGAAAUAGAAGAUGAAGAUGCGUCUGAACCACUUAUGCAGAAACACGAACAAAAGAUUAGACACUUUGGUAUGCUGAGCAGAUGGGAUGAUAGUCAAAGAUUUUUGUCUGAUCACCCAUACCUUGUAUGUGAAGAAACAUCUAGAUAUCUCAUGUUGUGGUGUUUUCAUCUAGAAGCUGAACAGAAAAGAGCUCUGAUGGAGCAAGUAGCACACCAAGCAGUUGUAAUGCAGUUUAUUAUAGAAAUUGCCAGAAGCUGCAAUGUGGAUCCAAGAGGCUGUUUUCGUCUCUUUUUCCAAAAAGCCAAAACAGGAGAAGGCUAUUUUGAGGCUUUUAAAAAUGAACUUGAGGCAUUCAAGACAAGAGUGAGAAUCUGUUCACAAUCACAUGGCUUUCAAACUAUGUUACUACAUGAUCUCAGUGUCAAUCCUGGUCUUGUAGGAGAGCUGACAUCUUUUUCACAGAAUACAGGUGAUCUACAAGGUUCCGUAAAGACAGAUGCCUGCAGCUUAACCUCUGUGAUACAAAGAGAUGAAGAAGAAUCCAAAAUGAUGGACACAGUAUAGUACUCUUAAGACUGAGGCCAAGUACUCUGUUUUCUCUUUUUUCUUUUUUCUUUUUUUUUUUUUUUCAAAGAAACAAACAUGGCUAUUUUCUUGACACUUAUUUUUCUGGGUACUGCACUUUAUUUUUGGUGUCAGAUUUUUGUUAUUGUUGUUGUUUGGUUUUAGCAGGGAAGGGAUUUUGAAGGGUGGGUAAUUCAGAAAAACUUGUAAUAAUGUUUGAAAAUGUGCUGCUAGGUUUUUGGUUGUCCUUGAAGAGCAGGGUUCUCAUAUUGCCGAAUGUGAAACUGGAUGUGUUUUCUGCUACUAACCUUGCCUUUCAUGACUUUAGAAAUUAAAGUAUGAAAAAAAAAUCUGCACAAGUACAAUGUUUACAAGAACCGGUAGAUUCUUGGUAGAAUCUGCUAUUGUCUUACUACAGAUGUGGACAUGUUUUACUCUAUGAAUAUUGGAGAUCACAAUUGUAUUCAUGCUACCUUGCUGACAUUAUAAGCUCUCAAAUUUCAUUAUCACUAAUAGCAAUAAAUCAAUAUCUGGUAUCAGUA